AUGACCAGGCUAACGAACCCGCUAAAAGAAACUCGUCCCUACACAGCAGCCAAGAUGGCAAACGCCAAGCGACACACCCUGCCACGAGGCCUGAUAGACACCACGCUAAUCCGUCUGGACACCAUCUUUGCGGCCUUCUGGAGCAAACUAGAGGAGAGGCAACAAAAAGAGAGCUUGCCACAAACCUCACCCCUUGAGGCAGAGCACAGCAUGCCUAUCACCCCGCCUCGAAAGAGAGAUGGAGGGACAGCCAGUCCUCCACCCACGCGCCUGACCCUUACAAAGUUCAAGACCCGCUCCCUCAUCGCAGUAAGGGGUUCUCGAGGGAGACAAUCCCAAGACUCAGCGCACAACCGCGUAAGAAGACAAACAGUGGCUACCCUGUGA